CUCUCAUAUAUUCCAUAUCUUCAUUAGUUAUCUCUCUUUUUAUUCUUACUACUCACCCAUUUCUUCCAACAAUGUCUUUCUGUUUUGUUGCUAUAUUAUUUUUGACUGUUUCACAAUAUGGAUCGGCAUUCGAAUUCCAAGUUCUCGACUACACACCUGUUGAAUUUUCAUUCAAUCAAGAUAUUGAUGAAGAAGUUCUCACGAAAUGCUGCACAGAAACCGCAAACUUCAAUUUUCGGGCAUACGGCAGAGAUUUCCCGCUUCGUCUCCAGAGAAGUUGUCAGAUAAAAGAAGAGUUCGCAGAGGAAACUGCACAGUUUUCUGACGAAGGUACAGCGUGGCAAGGGAAGUUGGAAGACCAACCAAAUUCCACAGUAGACGGCGAAAUCAUCAAUGGACUAUUUGAAGGAAUUAUUCUAACUGGAGACGGAGAGAAAUUCAUGAUCGAAAGAGAAUUUCAAUCCGAUGGAAAGGGACACUCGAUAAUUUACAAGGUGUCUUCGAGAAAACAAGUGAUCAAAACUCUUUUUCCAGACGAAACACUGAAUGUUGAAGGAAGUGGUACGGAAGGAAGUGGACUCGAGAUUUCAUGACUUUUUUUAAUCAUAAAUUACUGUUUCAAUACAUUAUUAAAUUUUGGCGAAAUCUUAUCAAUUAUUACAAUUAUUACAAGACGCGUAGCGAAAAUCAGAUUGGCUUUGAAACGAGAAAAAAUCGUGGCCAUACUUUGUUGUUAAAUUUAUCUGAAAUUCUUAUUGGGAGCUGGUUUCCUAAAUAUCCAUUCAAAUUUUAUAAAACUGGAGAUGUUUCUAUUUUCACGAUAAUACAUACACCGAGAUAGCGUUCUGAAAUUGACUAUUAUUAGAAAUUGACUAUUAAUAAAAUAUAAACGUGCGAUUUUUGUAUAAGCAAUAAAACACCA